ACCUCGUUCUGACAAUUCAGCCUAAAGCAUUUUGUAACUCAACUCAAUUUUUCGAAGUUUGUUUAUAAAUAAAGUGGACUUAAACAUGGCUCUGAAGCGGCAGCACGUGAUGAUUGAAAAUGAUGAAGAAGAAAAUAAAGAAGAUCUCAAAAGUAUUCCAAAGCAUAUAAGAAAGCAAGACAAACGACUGAUCAUCGUAUUAGAAAAUGCAAAUCUUGAAACAGUUAAAAAUGGUCAACAACAUGAAUUGUUGAAUAGUGAAGAUCAUCUUCAUAUCAUAAAAAAGAAAAAGAUUACGAUGUGUCGUCCAGAUAUAACGCAUCAGUGCCUAUUGAUGCUUUUUGACAGCCCACUUAAUAGAGCAGGAUUGCUUCAAGUAUAUGUGCACACUGAAAGAAAUGCUCUCAUAGAAAUAAAUCCUCAAACUAGAAUACCAAGAACAUUUAAGCGUUUUUCAGGUUUAAUGGUUCAACUACUGCAUAAACUUACUAUCAGAUCCGGAGAGGGAAAUCAAAGACUUAUGAAGGUGAUUAAGAAUCCUGUUACAGAUCAUUUACCUGUAGGAUGUAAAAAAAUAGCCACAUCUUUUUCCUCAGAGAAAAUUGUUCACCCUCGUGAUCUAGUUCCUCCUGAUGAACCUAUUGUUAUAGUUGUUGGUGCUAUGGCUCACGGACAAGUCACUGCAGAUUAUGCAGAAGAAACAGUUUCGAUUAGUGGUUACCCUCUUUCAGCUGCAUUAACUUGCUCUAAAUUUUGUUCUGCAUUUGAAGAAGUUUGGGGAGUUCAGUAGCAUUCAUUUUUUUCUCAAUUCUGUAAAUAUGUUGAAUAAAUUGGUUUUUAUUUA